CAUGGUUUACAGCAGGUCACUAAUGCUGGAAAAAGUACAGAGUCCAGGGGAACAUGGGCUCAGACCUUUCUGAAUUCUGGAUUUUUCCCCCUUUUCUUAACUUUCACUAAGGGAAUGAGGGUUACUGUAGUCUGAGGCUUCCUUCCCAAGGUCACAAAAUAUGACAAGCUGCAAUCUUUCUCACGCUCCAUGAUUUCUGCUGUAAACCAAAGGACUGCCAAUAAUCUCGCUAAGAAUGUCUGCUAGUUCCGAUACUGGGGAUUGUCAAGAAUUUCUUAAGCAUGGAUUUACAGCUAUUGGUGAAGAAGACUUUUAAAAAACACAAAAGCCUAGGAUUCUUCCCUCGCCUGAGAAGUAAAUGAUACGUAGAUACGUAGCACAAGAAAGGUGCUGGGCUUCCGGACCGACACCGACACCCCAUUCCCGCCCGCUGCCGCCUUGUCAUGCUGCCCAAAGUGGAGACGGAAGCCCCAGGACUGGCCCGAUCGCAUGGGGAACAGGGGCAGAUGCCGGAAAACAUGCAAGUGUCUCAAUUUAAAAUGGUGAAUUACUCCUAUGAUGAAGAUCUCGAAGAGCUAUGUCCUGUGUGUGGAGACAAAGUGUCCGGGUACCAUUAUGGUCUCCUUACCUGUGAAAGCUGCAAGGGGUUUUUUAAGCGAACAGUCCAGAACAAUAAAAGGUACACAUGUAUAGAAAACCAGAACUGUCAAAUUGACAAGACACAGAGAAAACGUUGUCCUUAUUGUCGAUUCCAGAAAUGUCUAAGUGUUGGAAUGAAGCUAGAAGCCGUAAGAGCUGACCGCAUGCGAGGAGGCAGAAAUAAGUUUGGGCCAAUGUACAAGAGAGACAGGGCCCUAAAGCAACAGAAGAAAGCCCUCAUUCGGGCCAAUGGACUUAAGCUGGAAGCCAUGUCUCAGGUGAUCCAAGCGAUGCCCUCGGAUCUGACCAUCUCCUCAGCAAUCCAAAACAUGCAUUCUACUAAAGGCCUACCUCUGAACCAUGCUGCCUUGCCUCCCACAGACUAUGACAGGAGUCCCUUUGUCACGUCUCCCAUUAGCAUGGCAAUGCCUCCCCAUGGCAGCCUGCAAGGUUACCAACCAUAUGGUCACUUUCCUAGCCGGGCCAUCAAGUCCGAGUACCCAGAUCCCUACACCAGCUCGCCGGAGUCAAUGAUGGGAUACCCCUACAUGGAUGGUUACCAGACCAGCUCGCCAGCCAGCAUUCCACACCUGAUACUGGAACUUUUGAAGUGUGAACGAGAGGAGCCUCAAAUUCAAGUGAAAAUCUCGAGUUUCUUACAGCAAGAGCAGGCAAACCGAGGCAAGCACGAAAAACUGAACACGUUUGGGCUUAUGUGCAAAAUGGCGGACCAGACGCUCUUCACCAUUGUUGAGUGGGCCAGGAGUAGUAUCUUCUUCAGGGAACUAAAGGUUGACGACCAAAUGAAGCUGCUUCAGAACUGCUGGAGCGAGCUCUUGAUCCUUGAUCACAUUUACCGGCAAGUGGUGCAUGGGAAGGAAGGGUCGCUCUUACUGAUAACUGGGCAACAAGUUGACUUCUCCAGCAUCGCCUCCCAAGCCGGAGCCACACUCACCAACCUCAUGAGUCAUGCACAAGAGCUCGUCCUGAGACUGCGCGCCCUCCAGUUUGAUCAUCGAGAGUUUGUGUGUCUCAAGUUCCUCGUGCUGUUCAGCUUAGACGUCAAGAAUCUCGAGAACUUCCAGCUGGUGGAAAGUGUCCAGGAACAGGUGAAUGCGGCUCUGCUAGACUACACGAUUUGCAACUACCCACAGCAGACGGAGAAAUUCGGACAGCUCCUUCUUCGGCUGCCGGAAAUCCGGGCAAUCAGCAUGCAGGCUGAAGAGUACCUCUACUACAAGCACCUGAACGGGGAUGUCCCCUACAAUAACCUGCUCAUUGAGAUGCUGCAUGCAAAAAGAGCCUAAGUCACCACCCCUGGAAGCUUGCUCUUGGAACACAGAGAUUAAUACAGAGACUGGAGGGAGAGAGGAGGAGGAAGAAGAAAGCAUAAUACUCUGAACUGCUCCAAGCAAUGCAAAUUACAAACUUGGUUUAAAGACACUGAGAUUUAAAAAGCUUAAUAAUCAAAUACUUAAUAGCAAAAAAAUGAUCUAUCAGGGUAUUCGUACUGCAAACUGUGAAUGAAAGGCUUCCCGUCCCCCGAGGAUUCAUAAGAAAGACAUUGUCACGGGGUGGAUUGAACUCACAGAGUCCAAUACCACAUCACAAUAGAAACGGACAGAACAUUCCUUGUAUAUUUAAACUGAUCUGUUAAAAAAUUCAGCAGUUGGCCGGUAUUAUUAAUUGGACGUGUCCAGAAUUCCUCCAUGGUGAAGCCGAACAACUCUCAAAGAAUACACGGGCUGUGCCUUGGCAGCCCCCCCUCCUCCCAGAAGGCCCCACACCUUCUGACCUGUGAGCUCGGAAGCUAUCCUAAGGACUUCGUUCAGCCACACCCAGUAGUAGCUCCACUAAACCCUGAGUUCUGCGUGUCUGUCUUAGACCUGCCAGCAACUAAUAAGAGCAGUGUAUAAAUAUGUCAGCUUGCCAUUUUAAAUGUUCUGAAGUUGUUUUGUCGUGUGUUCGUAAUUUAACUAAAGCAGGCAGUCUCUCUCUUCUAUAUAAGCAUUAGUUUAAUAUUAAAGGAAAUCAAACAAAUUUAAGCAAAUACUCCCAACAAGCAAGCUAGAUCUUAUUUCUGCUAUUUUUGCUGAAAUAGAGCUUUGGCAUGGUUGGGUUUCAUAAGUUUUUGCCCAAGAGGCUUCUUAGUACACAUCCGUCUGUGUAGUCAUCAGGGUUUGUAGUUCACUUAAAAAAAUAAAACACUAAACAUCCUUGGCUGGGAUGUCAAAUAGUCACAGUCUAAAGGCACCGAAAAGUCAAGCACGUUAAGCAAUUCCAAAUGAAAGUAGAUUGAGCUGUGAAGGCAGCUGACUCAAGGUUGGUUGGUAAAGCACCCCCUAAACUUGGGGUGCAAAAGCAGUGAAUCUCACGGCCUGGAAAGACAGUGAAGUCAUUCACAUCUCCUGCGAAGGGCAAUGGAAGAGCGUGGUACCGGCCUAAGUCAUAGACCAAAGUCUGCUGUAGAACAAAACUGCUGGAGGGCAGAGGUGGCAAACUCUCUCCAACCAAUGCUGUCAGUAUUAACACGCGAUGGCCACAGGUAUGGAAGCCUUGCCUUACUUCCUGGUCCCAAAAGGGAGCUCUGCAGAUGGGGACGAACAUGUGUUGAAAAUAAAGUAUUACUACUUUAAAGUCAAAAGAAAUAUAGUGUUUACAUUCUUUAGGUCCUGGGGGGGAGUUUGGGGGUGACUCUGCUAUUACAAGAAAGCAAAAGCGGUCAUUUCUUUAGUGUUAUUUCUCUGGUUAGUAGUUAUUUUUCACAGGACUAAAUCACUGUAUGUCGUGAGACACUAAAAUCAAGAAGGGGACUCUCAUUUCGUCUUUAAUUUGCCGAGAUCAGCAGCACAAUCACUUGUAGAAACUGUAAAAAAAAAAAAAAGUAUCUCCCUGUUCUUUUUUUUUUUUUCACAAAUGUUUCUGGCUCUGGAACAGUUUAUUUAUAUUGUAUAUCAUAGUUUCAACUGUAGAAAAUUAUGCUAAUUUAUUGUUCCUUGGGUUCCCCUUUGUAUAAGAUAGAGCCAAGACUGAAGAAACCAAAUACGUGUUUACUAUAGCAUGUCUUCAAGUUAGUGGAACACAGUUCAGUGGUAGAGAAGGGUCUUGAUGAUUAAAACCAUCCACUUGAUCACAUGUCUGGAAAUUCCCAUCAUCUUUCUGUAGUUUAUUUAAUAGCCAUUGUAAAUCUCAUGACUUGUAGCUUUUCCUUAUUUUGAAGUCAUUUUAUCAAGACAGAGUCUUACCUGGUUUUCCUUUCCAAACAUUGUAAGUUGUAUACCAAAGACAUUAGUUAUUACUUCCGUGUGUACAAAGAUUAUUAUUUUAUUAUACUUAUUAAUCACCUCUAAUAUCCAUGAGGGAUGCACAUUAGCUGUGCUGGGCAUUGACUCUCAGUGUUAUCUUCAUGGUUCAAAGAAGGAUGGAAUCAUUCAUUAGAGCUCAGAUCCAAAGCAUGAAAUCCAAGAGAAGCAUGGCUGUGCCUCCCAACCAAAAACCAAGUUGGAUAAAGGCACACGGGGAAGGAAUGGUGAUGUCAGUGGUUGAGGAGAGAGCUCUAGCCCGUCUCUAUGUGGGCAGAGGCUAGGAGGAUGGUUAUUUGGAGGGUUUGUAACAUUGAAAAAAAAAUCCAUGUGUCCUUAUUUUAAAUGCAUUGUACUCCCCACUGAACAUUAAGCCUAAAGAUGUCAAACGCCGCUCUAGUGGCUUUUACCCUGAGAGUGGUUAAAAGGCCACAACGGUCACGUCCAUGCUGAGGGCAGAAGCAGUGAAGCAGGUAGUGCUGCCCAGCAUCCAUGGCCCUUUCAGAGCUGGCCAGUGGUCUGAUGGCAGUUGGUAGCUGGUUUGUAAGGUAGCCAACUGCCUUAUCAGUUAGUCUUACUGAAGACGGACUCACCUGGGAAGGUUUUCAGCUGAGCUGGGUUUCCCGUCGUUGGUCUCGGCAGACAAGUCUGUAAUGUCUGAAUCUUUGGAUUAGGGCUCUCCCGCAGCUGCCUUGGACUUGAGUUCAUGCCGUGUUCAGAGUGUGAAGUCGGUUUCUCGUUGCCGUGUGCUUACUGUAUCAGUGAAAUACAUAUUGUCAUGUCAGUUCUUGCCAGGAAUUUCUCAAUAUGGAUUUUGUUUUUAGUAUUUCAAUAAAUAUUGAUAUGCCCAACUGGUAA